AAGAGCGGAGUGGUUUGGAGAAACCAGAUUAAGCUAAACAUAGAAUAUUUGUACUAGAAUAUAGUGUUUUUAAGGAAUGACUAAAACCUGCUUUCUUUGCAAAAGCAGCGAAGACGAUGAGCUGCUGUAUGGAAAAUUCUACACGAAGUAUAGGAUCUCGGUCCAUUAUUACUGCUUACUCCUGUCGUCCAAUUUGGUACAGAACGGUGUGAACGAUGAGGUUGGCAUAUUCGGUUUUCUCGAGGCGGACAUACGGAAAGAAAACCAGAGGACGAAAUCAUGUCGCUGCUACAUCUGCAAAGGAAUGCACGCAAACAUUUUCUGUUGCGCGAAAAAGUGCCUGCGCACAUUCCACACUGUAUGUGGCAUCAAGAAUCGGUGCCUGGCGCACUUUACAGACACGUUCCAGUCCUGGUGCUCGGUACACGUACCGUUAAGGGCCGACCGCGACCCGCACUCCGCCGAGGAACCGUGUGCAAUAUGCUACGAAGAGAUGGGACUGUACGAUCGAAUUACGUCCAUACGUGCACCCUGCUGCAAAAACGGUUGGUUCCACCAGCAGUGUGUGGCACGAUUUGCCCAAACGGCAGGGUACUUUUUCAAGUGUCCCUUGUGCAAUAAUGUUGACACUUUUACCCAAGAGAUACCUUUGCGCGGCGUUUACGUACCUGAACGUGAUGCUGCCUGGGAGUUAGAACCCAACGCGUUCCAGGAUCAGUUGGUACGUCCGUCCGCAUGUGAUGCGGAGAAAUGCCGAUGUAAAAAUGGACGAGAAACGGACAAUCGAAAGUGGAACCUUCUCAUCUGUGGAUCUUGUGGAGCCACCUGUCGGCACCGGAAGUGUAUGGAGUCCACGGGGUCACAUACGUACGUGUGUCAGUCUUGCAGACCGAUCACGGGGGAAGUUGUAUCCCGACUAACCGUAGAUGAUCAAGAUGAUGAAAGUGACGCUGAAGACAGCGAAGAUGAUCAGAACGAAGCAUCAUCUACAAUUUCCUCUUCUUCAUCCUCUGAUGAUGUUAAGCAAGAUAGGGCAGUGCGCAAGGAUGCAUCACACGGUUCCGAAGAGUCUGGUUGUCAUUGUUCCGGCAGUGACGAAUCCAUCGUUAAUGUCCGCCGAACGAAACGCACCCGACUCGCCAUUCAAUCGGAAUCGUCAGAUAGUGAUCAGUCCGAUACGAGCUCGAUUGUUAUGAGACGCUCUUUGAUGCGGAACACAGGCAAGCGUGUACGGCGUAUAAUUUCCGAGGAAAGUGAGGCUACGAGUGACAAAGAGGAUAGUGAUGUAGCAACUACAAUGCUAUCGGAAGAGGACGCAAUAAACGGUGCACCAAGUAUGUCGAACGUUGAAAAGUCCGCUGUUGGACAAUUGGACGAAAAUUCGAACACAUCCGGUACAUCUUCCCUCAGCGUUGGACGUACACAUACGAUACGUUCGAUGAGUGCAUCAGCUCGAACCCUGCUCGAUUCAUCGAAUGAAUCUGACAAUGAUGAAAAAUGCAAGGAGCAAUCGCGUGAUCGUAGAAAAAAGUCGAAGCCAUCUUUGUUGGAAUGUUCAACGGUUGAUGAGAAAUCCUUGCCAACUAUGUCGGAAGAUAGAGUCAAGUGCAGGGAACAACCAAAACGAACUUGGAGUUCGGUGGACGAUGACUGCACGGACUCUACUGAUGACAUUCUACUAAUCAAGCGACGGCGUGUCACAAAUUUGUCUAGCUCAUCCGAAGAGAAUACAGACCCUAUGGAACGUUUGGGCGAAAAAAUGCGUUUAACAGAGAUUCUGCAUACAUCGCCCGAAUCAACUAAAAAUGAGUUGAACUCUUCAAACGAAGAAAACAUUCACCCGUAUGGGGACGAAGAAAUUAAAAAACACUCGAACCAUACCACACCACCACCACCAGCUCUCGGGCACGGUUUUGAUAAAUCGAAGGAGAAAGCUUCAGGCAAAUGCCGGGGGCAACAGUCGAUACUUAAAUUUUUCACCAAUUCUCCACGGAACACUCCGCAAAAAUUAACAUCCUCUGACACUGAUUCGCCCAUGUCGUGUUCCUCUAGCGUCCUAUCGAGACAAAGCGAUGACACCAACAAGGAUGCAGCAAGUAGCAAACAAGCAAAGGUAGAAGGUUCGAAAUCGCUUACAGAAAGCGAAAAGAAAUCCUCCAGACGCUCAAAAGAAGCUGAUGCAGCUGAAAGAUCUAAUGGUUCGAGGAAAGCAUCUCGGCGAAAGCGGAAACAACUCGCGGUCAAGGAACAGGGACAGGCAAACUUGCUACACUUUUUUAACCGGUGUUAGAUGUAUUAACAAUAAUGUAUAGUAUAUUUGAGUUAAAAAGCAAUGUAAGUUAAUUGUUUUUUUCUUCGUACCUUUGCGAAGAAUAAAUAUAAUUUAACGUAGAGCCUAAAUAGAUAAGAUUUCUUUUACAUGAUUUAUACAUUUUUGAACCAUUUUGGAAGCUUUGCACAUUUUGUAUCAAUUUUGAGUGUUUCUAUUAUUUCGUGCUCUCUCUCCUCCAGCAUGAAAGUUUUGCAGUGGUUUUUUAACCUUUCCUUUAAUCGUUUUCAUACGUAAAAAUAAAACAAA